GAGUGCUCUGCAGCACAUUAUUGCAUUGGCUCGUCUGGUGGAGAGAGUUGAUUUGUCUAUAGCAUCAACAGAAAUACUUCACCUGCAAAUCCUGCGUAACUGCAAAAGAAAAUCCUGGACAAAAGAAGGCAGUCGUGCCAUGGGUGAAUUUCCUUCAAAGUGAGAAGAACAAGUGAGAGGAUUGAGAAUACAGCCACAAUGGAGGGAAUUGGCGAUGGAGAUCCACCUGUUCAUCAUAACCUUGGCGGUAAUAGAAACAAAGAGACACAACUGCAGACCCUGUUGGAGGAUCUGGGCUUGAAGCAGCACUACACAAAGAAGCUUACACUGAGCGAAGUACUUCAGAUUGACCUGAAGGCCAUCACUGAUGAACCUGUCAAGUCCCACUCAGAUCUUCCAUGGUAUUUCUUAAAGAAGCUAAUGAUGGUUAAUGUGACAGCAAGAAAUAUAAAAUCAGAACGUGAAUCAUCCAAAGACGGAGCAACAGAAACGAUUGAAUUUGACUUCAGUAAUCUGAGUGACAUUACAGAUUCAGGUGACAUGGUAAACCCCCUUGACGUAAUCACUGCUCUCUUCUUGUGUUCUGAUGGGUUUGUGCAACAGGAAAUGGCCCUCAAAAUGUCCAUGUGCCAGUUUUCUGUGCCUCUCCUGCUUCCAGGUUGUGACACAGAUCAGUGCAAACUCAUGCUUUGGGCCAUGAGAGACAUUGUUAAAACGUACAGACCUCGGUCACUUGUACAAUCCAAGGGUUUUACUGAAGAAAGAAUUGUUCUCUCUGAAAUUCCAAUGAUAUCUUUUGUGAGACUGGGGGAAUGUUCCAUGUCCAAGUCAGAGAUUCUCAAUAAGCUUUUGAGCAAUGAUUGUUUUGUUCACCAUGAUAUGGAGUGUGGUGACUCCCAAAGAAGAAUAUCCAAUGGACUGACUGAAAUAACUUGGUACCUUCCUUCUGGCAAAGAAAACAUUGAUAUUUUCAGUGAGCCAUUAGCUGUAGCUAACCUUCGUGGGGACAUUGCUUCAUUUGAAACUCAGUUUUCUUUCUUGUGUCAGACAUCUGCAGCAGUGUUUGUGUUCUUUGACAAUUUGGACCCUGAGUGCAAACUGCUAACCAACCUCCACCACAAGACACAGAUGUUUUUGGUCGGUAACCAACAAAGCAAAUGCUUUAGUAUGGAUGCUCUCAAAACAGUUGCAACAAAGCUGGGCCUAACUUCAAACAUCAUUACAAAGACAAAGCAGAAAAAUUAUGCUGACUUUGUCAAAGAUUUGCGAAAAAAAGUCAACGAUGUUAUUGAGAACACAAAGAAGAAGAUGUGCCUUGAGAAGAUGGCUGACAUUGCCCAUGACUUAGGAAUCUUGGUUGAUGAAGACUGUUCAGAGUGUCAGACUGCCAAACGAAAUGCAGAUGCCAUCACAUCAAAAAUUCAAAACAUCCCUGACUACAAAUCCACUCAGCUUCCCUUGCAUGGAGAAAUAUGGAAGGAGUUGACAAUUUUAGAGAAGGAAGAAUUUCGACUAAAAAAUCUUGGAUCUGAAGACAUAGAAAUGUACAAAGCAGGGCUUCAGGAAAAAAAAGAAAAACUUCGGAAUAAACAGAGCUCUGAAAACAUGUCAGAUGCCAUGACGUGCUUCAUCAGUGCAAUAUCAAGCCCAGGCUUAGAGAGACGUUAUUUCCUGAAAUGGAUGCGAAUGAACCUUGAUAACCUGUCUCGAGAAAAACUGUCUGGUCUCAGGAAGCAGUACAAAGAAAAAUGCAAAGAUGCAGAGAACAAAGAGGCCAUCAAAGUCAUUGAUAAAGAGCUUUCCAACAGCUCACUGGGAACUGAACACUUCUUCCGUGAAAUGGGUCAGAUUUAUGAAGCUUCAGUUUCCCUUCCAGAACAAGAUAAGUCACGUAAACAACUAAAGCAUCUGCCCAAAAUCUGUGCAGGAUUGUUGCUUGAUGGAUUUCCCCUGGAGCUUGUAGAUGGAGAUGCAUCCAACAUACCUCUCACAUGGGUGAGUGAUGUUCUCUCCCAGCUCAAUGAACUGGUGUCUCCAAAGAACAAGAUACUGGUCGUCACGGUUCUUGGAGUUCAGAGCACAGGAAAGUCCACUCUUCUUAACACCAUGUUUGGAGUGCAGUUUGCAGUCAGCAGUGGCCGAUGCACUCGAGGUGCUUUUAUGUUGCUCAUCAGAAUCAAUGAAGAUGUCAAAAAAGUCCUUGACUGUGACUUCAUGGUCAUCAUUGACACUGAGGGCUUAAGGUCAGCAGAGCUUGCACAACUGGAUGAUAGCUAUGAGCACGACAAUGAGCUUGCAACACUUGUUGUGGGGCUGAGUGACAUCACCAUCAUCAAUAUUGCAAUGGAGAAUUCCACACAAAUGAAGGACAUCCUACAAAUAGUUGUGCAUGCGUUUCUCAGGAUGAAAGAGGUGGGCAAAAAGCCUAAAUGUCAGUUUGUUCACCAGAAUGUGUCAGAUGUUUCAGCCAAUGAGAACACCCUAAGAGAGAGGAAACUGCUCUUGGAUCAGUUAAACGAGAUGACACAGGCAGCAGCCAAAAUGGAGAAGAAAGAAAAGAACAAGUGCUUCACUGAUGUCAUGGAGUACAAUCCAGAAACUGGGAGCUGGUACAUUCCUGGACUCUGGAAUGGAAACCCACCAAUGGCACCAGUCAAUGCAGGGUACAGUGAAGCUGUAUAUCAGUUCAAGAAAAACAUCACACAGAUACUAGGAAACUGUGAGUCCUCUGCUAAUGACAUCUUGAAGUUUAAAGUGUGGAUGUCAAGCCUGUGGAAGGCAGUGAAGCAUGAAAACUUCAUCUUCAGCUUCAGAAACAGUGUAGUGGCUGAAGCAUACAUGAAGCUAUGCACAGAAUUCAACAAGUGGGAAUGGGACUUCAAAGAAUCCAUAUACAAGUGGAUAACAUAUGCAGAAACAAUCAUCUCAAAUUUAGGAACACCUGCUUCCAAAUCUAAAAUAGUUGACAUGAAAGAUCUCAUCUUUAGUUUGAAAAGUGAAGUCUCCACAAAGCUGACGAAAUUGGAGGAAGAGCUUCUUGAAAAACUGAAAAACUAUUUCAAGCAAAAAGACGGCCAUGUCCAUCUCGUAGAACAAUACAAACAGGACUUUACAAACAGUGCAAAGAGUCUUCGACGAGACAUGCAGAACUCUGUGUAUAGUCAACUCACAGCAGCGGCUGAAAUCAAACAGGGACAGACAGAAGUUCAAAAAAUCAAGGAAAAUCACACAAAAGAAAUUGAAGAAGCAGUGUGUGCACUGAUCGAUGAAUGUCGAAAGAAAAACAUCCAGAUGAGAGAUGAAGAACUGAGCCAAGAAUUUGAUAAGAUGUGGAAAGAAACAGUAAAGAAACUGUCUUUUUCCAAACAAGAGCCAACAAAUGUCUUUGGCAGUGUCUCCCACUAUCUAUUAGAAAAUCUACAAAAAAAAGGGAGUCUAGCAUGUCAACUGCUGAGUCAAAGAAACCUGCGAGAUUGUGCGGAAACGCCUUUCAAAUAUAAAGCCAGAGGAUGGCUUGAAAAAGUUAAAAAGAAGGCGAGCGAUUGGCAUCUCAUUCAAGAUCCCACAAUCAGGCUACAGAAUAUAGCUGACAACAUCAUAGCUGAAUGCAUUCAGUAUGUGAAGGAAAAAGGGAAAACAGAAGAACCUGAAGCAGAUGCAAAAAAAACUAAAAACUACUCUGAUGCUUACAUCCAGGAGAUCCUUCGCAUAGUUGAUGAGAGGCUGCAAAACCAUGAGGAUGGAACCAUAGACAUUGAGUUUGAAGUUUCUCUAAAACAGCACAUCUGUGGCAUUGCAGCCAGACGCUUCAAGAAAAUGCACGAAGAUUUCCUAAAGGAGAAUGACCCUCACUUAUGUCUGAACAAAAACAAAGAAAUGUUUUGUGAUACUUUCAAAGAUGUGUUCAAUCAACGAGACCAGAGCCAGAAGAAGGCAGAAGAAUUCACCAAACAAUGUUUGAAGCCUGCAGUGGAAAACUUUGUCUACAGUAAACUGGGUCCUGAUAUCAUUCAUGAAAUGAGGAAACAAUCACAGUUCAUUACAAGAGAUACCUUCCAGUAUGACAUUUUACUGGAUUUGCUCUCAAAGCACAGCUUUAGUGAGUACGUAAGGUACAUUCGAUCAUAUGAGGUUUAUGUAAAGAAGUGGAUACUCGACCAAACAGUGAAACACUUAUCAAAAGAUUCUAAGAUGUUUAAGCUAGUGAAUCAGCAUCUUGACUCAAGUAUCAGCAGCAUAAAGGAUGCAAUCCACAAGGCCACAAAGAAAACAAGUGCUGACUUGAAAACAUUCAUUAACAACUUCUGUCAGGAACUUGGUGAUACACUGGUCAUUUCCCAGGAUGCACUUGGUGAUGUAAUGAUGCUGAACAAAGCAAACCACGAACAGUUUGCUCACUGGUUCACAGGGUUUGUGAAUAAAAUGGAGGAAACUCUAAAGGAAGAGUUUAAAAAAAGACACAUCCAGAUUACACUUAAACAUCUUGAUGUCAAGCCCCAGAAUGAGCUUUUCACACAAGUGAUUGGAUGUGGUAAACAGUGUCCCUUCUGUGGAGUGGCCUGUGUGGCCGGAGGUGGUAACCAUACUGAGCAUACAGCUCCACUGCAUAGGCCAGAGGGUCUGAAUGGAUACAAGUGGGACAAAACAAAAAAACUAGUCACCGACAUAUGCUCUUCGUUAGUGGUGAGUGACAAUCGAUUUCGCUGUGGUGCUACUAAAGGUGAAUGGACCCCUUACAAAAAAUACAAAGACAUCUACCCAGAUUGGAAAAUUCCUCCAGAUGGAAGCUAUGAGGCAUCAGACUACUGGAAAUAUGUAAUGGCAAAGUUCAAUGAGGAGUUUGCAAAAGAAUAUGGUUUAAAGCCUGCUGAUAUUCCUACAGCCUGGAAAAAGAUCACACGUCUGCAGGCACAACAGAGUCUCAAAGGGUCAUAUAACAUCAACUGAGAGACAACAAGCUGUCUGAUUAGAGAAGUGCACUGAUUAAUACACUUCGUUGUGACGCAACUUCCUCUUGGGAUUUCCUCCUGAAAAGACCUGAGAAUGGAUUUCCUUGGUACGUAACAGCUCAGGACAGCCCGACUACAUUAGCAGUUUCCAUGUGUCAACACGAAUCAGCUUAUUUUUGUUAGUAUCUCGACUGAGAAGGACGGGGGGCUUGUGUUGAGUUUAGCAUGUUAGCUUGUUGUCUCUCGUAAUAAAACACCAACAGGCAGAGUUUAUGAGAAUGGUGUCUAUUGUUCCCAAUGUGCUUCAGAGCUUUAUAUCAAUGUAUCAAUGUUAAUGCUAAUGGCUAAGGGAUUUGCUUGCUUGGUUAGCAGUGCAUUGUUUUGUUGUUGAUAUUCACACCAUUAAGUUUAGUCAAGUUAAUUCACUCUAAUAUGUUAUUUGAAACACUUCUGUGUAACUGUACUGACUUUUAGUUUAGUAGUGAUGUAUAAAAUCAUAUUCCUUCGAUAUGAACAUCGAAUACAUCAACAUGGCGAUUUAAAAAAUGAUUGUAUAUGGAUUUGUUACAGUUAAAGAGUGAUUCUUCAUUUAUACUGUUAAAAUGUCAAUUACAUUUUUUGUAAUAUAUCGCGAUUAAUUGGUUAAUGUCAAAUGUUGUCAUGAGACUUUUGGGACUUGCUUUAAUAUUACUGUGACUGCAGUAUGUUGUUAAUCAUAUGGUUGCACUGAACAGAAUGAGAAGUUCCAAAAGAAGUCAGUAAGGUUUCAUGUUGGAAACAGAGGGAGAAAAGAAUAACUUAACUAGAUCCAGGACAUCCCUCAUAAAAGCAAUGAGAAACAAUGAGGAUGUAAGGACAUAGAGUUUGAAAUUUCUCUAGGACAGCACAUCCGUUGCAGCCAGACAGAAAAUGCUCUAAGAUUUCCUUCAGGAGAAUGACACUUUCACAUGUCUGAAAAAAAACCUGUACACUGGGGUCUGAUGUCGUCUGGAAAAUAAAAAAAUAAAAAAGGGUUCAGUGUGUAGAAGUUAUUGACAUCUAGUGGUGAAGUUAAAUGUUGUAGCUGAACACCCUCACAGCACCCUCCCCUUCCAAACAGGAAAGAGAACCUGUGGAAGUAAAAACAAUUCUUACAACUUUGAACAAAUUGUAAUAAUAAUCCAAACAAUGGAUGUUUGUUGUGUUGAUGUGUUGCACUAGCAGAACUUUUAACAAUAAUGUUUUGGUGUGAAUUCUGUUGCAUUUGAUACCUAUUUUUAAAAUGAAUGUGAAAAAAAUAAUAUUUUUUCUCUUGUUGUGUUAAUAAUCAGUUUCAUGAUAACUUGUUACAUAGCAUAGUAUAAUAAUAAUAAAGGAAAUGUAAUGGAUAUGUGGAGUUUUUUUCAAUAACCAAUAACUGUCUGAAUAAAGAAACCAAAUCAGCA